CUGGCCGGCGGUCCUGAGUCCCUCCUGAGGGGCGGAGUUGGCUCGCCUCUCCCCCCCCCUUUGCCCUGCCCUGCCCUGGAAAAGCAGCCGCCGGCGCUCUCCGCCUCGGGGUGGCCUUCAGCAGCAUGGAGACCGGCUGCGGCCCCCUCCUCGCCUCCCACCUCCAGGAAGGCCCCUUCAGCUGCCCCAUCCCUCGACGNUGCCUCGACGCCCUGAAGGACCCCGUCACCACUCCCUGCGGCCACAACUUCUGCUUGAGCUGCCUCGAGGCCCACAGGCACCACCCGGCGGCGGCGGCGGCGGGCGUCUCCGGCGGCGGGCAAGGCACCUCCCGCUGCCCCCUCUGCCAGGAACCCUUCCCGGCCGACCUCCAGCUCCGUAAGAACCACACCCUGGCCGAGCUCUUGCAGUUCCGUCAGCCCGCCUCCGCCGCCCCGAGGAGCCCGGGCUCGGCUAGGAUGUCUCCCGAGGAGGAGGCGUCGGAGCCGCGCGCUGCCGAGGACAACCCCGACGCCGGCCGGCCGGCGGGAGAGGCCGAGGCUAGUCCGGCCCCGCGCCCGGAGGUGCUCUGCGACUUCUGCACGGGCGAGGAGCGGGCCGAGGCGGCGCAGUCGUGCCUGGUGUGCUUGGCCUCCUUCUGCGCCCCUCACCUGCAGCCUCAUCUCAAAAGCCCCGCGUUCCAGGGCCACCGGCUGGUGCCGCCCUUGCGGCGCAUCGAGGAGAGCCUCUGCAAGCUGCACCUCAAGCCCUUGGAGAGCUUUUGCCGCACCGACCGGAGCUGCAUCUGCCAGCUGUGCCGGGCUCAGGACCACCGGACGAUCGUCAUAGCUCAGAAGCACCCCACGCAUGCUCAGAGGCACAUUCUCCUUGCAGCAGACAUUCUGUGGCCGAUUCUUGAGAGAAAAAGUACCCCUGGUGAGCCCUGGCUAAGGUUUGGUGGUGGGAGUCCUGCUGAAUUUGGACAGCAGGGAAUGAAAUUUGCCAAGAGAUAUAUGGACAGAGAAAUGACAAGUUUCAACUGCACUGAAACUCGAGACAGUUGUAUUAACAGUCAGUGGAGUUCUAAGCAGGUCUGUUCGGAAGCCCAGAGACCAAAACUUCUGAACAGUGUUGAGAAUCAGUUGGAUGAACUUGGAGUCCUUAUUGCACAGACGAGGAGGACAGUGGACCUUAUCAAAGGUACAGCUGAGAAAGAGAAGGUGAAGGUCAGCAAACUCUUUGCUGAGACCGCCCAGGUCCUGGCAGCCUUUCAGAAGGAAGUCCUUGGGUUCAUUGAAGAUGGUGAAAGAGCCAUGCUGAGUGGCGCCGAAGAAGAGCUGCGGCAGAAGGAGGAGAGGCGUGCCACCCUGACCAAAUGCCGGCAGAACCUUGAAAAGGUCCCCAGCACAGACACCAUCUCUUUCCUGCAGGAGUUCCAGGCACUGAAAAUAGCUGCUGAAGAGAAAAUCUUUCCAUCUACAGGCUUCCCUAAAGAGCUGAGUUUUAUCAAAUCCAGCCAGGCCGUGUUUGCUGUCAAGGAGGUGCUAGGGAACGUUUGCAAGAACUACUGGGACCAGCUCUCCGGAAAAGGAGACGAUGGGCCUGUUCUUUACGGGAUGCCAGAAGUGACCCUGGGGCCCCAGAUUCCUGAAAAAACUACUAACGCUGCCUGUUUGGAGUCACGUGACUAUUUUCUCAAGUUUGCUUUCAUCAUUGACUUGGACAGCGACACGGCGGACAAGUUCAUCCAGCUCUUUGGCACCAAGGGGGCCAAACGUGUGCUGACUCCCAUUGCCUACCCAGAGAGCUCAACGCGGUUCAUCAACUGCGAGCAGGUGCUGGGGGAGAACCUCAUGAACCGCGGCAACUGUUACUGGGAAGUGGAGAUCAUUGAUGGCUGGGUGAGCAUCGGGGUCAUCACCGAAGAUUUUAACCCACAGGAGUCCUAUGAGAAGGGCCGCCUGGGCAGGAACGACAAGUCCUGCUGCCUGCAGUGGAACGGGCAGAACUAUGUUGCUUGGUUCGGUGGCUUUGACUGUGUGAUAGAGCAGUCUUCCUUCUUCCACACCAUUGGGGUCUACCUGGAGUAUUCUGAGAAGGCCCUGACAUUCUUCGGAGUCAAGGAUGCCAAGAUGACGUGCCUGCAGCAGUUCAAAGUGGCUCGCUUCAAAAAGGGCCUCUUCGACCCCUUCCAGAAUAAGAUCAACCACCAGUUUCCAGCGCUCUUUACCCACAACCUUAAACCAGCCUUUUUCCUUGAAAGUGUGGAUGCCCACAUGCAACUUGGGCCUUUAAAGAAAGACUGCGUCUCAGUGCUGAAGCGACGAUAAUGGGCUCAGUGUAUGGGAAGAAUUCAGCAACCGUUACAAUGAGACCUCUUCUUGGAGCUGUGUAGCACCUCAAAGAAUCAGGACUGUGAACGUUGUCCUUCACAUUGCUGUUACUCCCUAAAUAAUUUCAUAGGUAUUGUUGAAAAUAGUGGACAUUUUCAGUGGUCACCUUUAUAUUCCUCUAGUUUUUAGUCAUGGGCUGUUGAUCUUAAGGCUUGUUCAUCUACAGCCUAAUGCCGAGAUCUAAGCUUGUUUGCCUUUCACCUGACGUUUUGAAUCACUGUGUGUCUCCUUCGAGGUAUGCUCACUAGUAUCUGUAGAAGGAGUGGAGAAAAAUAGUCCUUCUAGAUCUCCUUUGUGAUCCAGAAUCACCAGAUCUGGAGUGUGAAUGUCUGAUUUUUUUGUUGUU